AUGUAUGUGAAAUGCUUUGAUACAGUAAUGUUUUACUAUGUGAUUUUAGUGAAUGUCACUUUUUGUCAUUUUUAAAUUUCCCGCCAUUCCGUCCCCAUCGUCCUGACGUCGCAGGGAACGGAACCCAGAAGACAGAUGCCGGCAUCCGCUGGAGGACAUUACAGGGGACACUGCAGGGUGGACAUCGCGCGAGUACAGGACAAGGUAAGUGAAGAACAGAUCCCGGAGCAACACCGCUUGGUAAUCCCGAGUGUAGCUCGGGGGUUACUGCUUGCGCUACACUUGGGAAUACCGCCAGGGAGGUUA